UUUCAGGGAUGGAACGUUGUUGUUCGUUAGAAAAGUGGAGAGUGUGUGUGGAUAAUCGAUUAUCGCGUUGUGUUUUGUUAUCGUUUGCAUUUUUUACGACCCACCAGUGUUUGUCUUCAGCAUAGGAUAUCAAGAAAUCUAUUGAUUGAGCUAAAUGUUUUGACUUCUCUAUAGCGAUAUAUAGGGCAUUGGGUUGCAAUUGCUAAAUACGUCCCGACAACUACAUUUGUGUAAAGGGGAAGUAGCCUACGAUAUGUCAAACCGUAUUUAACUUCGUUCUCUUGUCUGGUGAACUAGACAUUAGUCAAGCCGGGGAGAACAGUUGUAGCGAGAUUGCCUUGGAAAAACAAUGAUAAUGUUUCGAUAUUGGAAGAAUUUAUAUAGAAAAUACACAUCGAAUAACGACCGAGGCGCUAGAAUGGACAACGCUGGGUUUUGCAACGAGACCUAUGAAAGCCUUCACAACCCGGCUAGCGAUGAUGAGUUGGUCGAUAUAGCUGGAGCCACGCUUGAUUUCUCCAGCACGGAGGACGUGCCACCUCUAGACCCCGAAUACGGCUCAGGCUACGGUAAUACCGGAUACUCUAAUGGUAUGACCGGUAACGGGGUGCUGAUGGACCUACUAGACGAGCCGGUACCGGGGGUAGGGACCUACGAAGACUUCAAUACCAUCGAUUGGGUCAGAGAGAAGAGCAAGGACCGCGACCGCCACAGAGAGAUCACCAGUAAGAGUGAGCAGUCUACCUGGGCCCUGCUCCACAGCAUCAGUGAUGCCUUCUCCGGCUGGCUCCUCAUGCUGCUCAUAGGACUCUUGUCAGGUGCUCUAGCAGGCUGUAUAGACAUCUCGGCUCACUGGUUAACAGACCUGAAGGAGGGUGUGUGUCUGUCUGGCUUCUGGUUCAACCAUGAACACUGCUGCUGGGGCUCUAACCAAACCACCUUUCAAGAGAGGGACAAGUGUCCACAGUGGCAGAGCUGGGCUGAACUGCUGGGUGGUAGCUCAGAGGGGGCAGCAGCGUACAUAGUCAACUACUUGAUGUUCAUGUUGUGCGCUCUACUGUUCUCCUUCCUGGCUGUCAUUCUGGUCCGGGCCUUCGCACCUUACGCCUGUGGAUCAGGAAUACCAGAGAUAAAGACCAUCCUCUCUGGGUUCAUCAUUAGAGGCUACCUGGGGAAAUGGACCCUAAUCAUCAAGACAAUUACCCUGGUCCUGGCUGUCUCUUCUGGUCUCAGUCUUGGCAAGGAAGGACCCCUGGUCCAUGUAGCAUGUUGCUGUGCCAACAUCCUCUGUCAUCUGUUCACAAAGUACCGACAGAACGAAGCAAAACGACGAGAGGUGUUAUCUGCAGCCGCAGCAGUGGGCGUGUCUGUGGCCUUUGGCGCUCCUAUAGGAGGAGUGCUGUUCAGUCUGGAGGAGGUGAGCUACUACUUCCCUCUGAAGACUCUGUGGAGGUCGUUCUUCGCCGCGUUGGUGGCAGCCUUCACUCUGCGCUCCAUCAACCCGUUCGGUGACAGCCGACUGGUCUUGUUCUACGUAGAGUUCCAUACCCCCUGGCACAUGGUGGAGCUGGUCCCGUUCACCCUGCUGGGCAUCUUCGGUGGCCUCUGGGGGGCGCUCUUCAUCAGGGCUAAUAUCGCCUGGUGCAGAAGGCGUAAGACCACUCGUCUGGGCCACUACCCGGUGCUGGAGGUCUUGGUGGUAACUGGAAUCACAGCCCUCCUCUCCUUCCCUAACAGUUACACCAGGAUGAGUGGGUCAGAACUGAUCUCAGAACUGUUUAAUGACUGUUCUCUACUGGAUUCCUCACAGCUGUGUGACUACAACAGCUCUGAGAACAGGUCUGACUCUGGUGUGUUCAGUGCCAGCCUCGCUGAUAGGGCGUUCAGUAACACACUCCCUGAUAGGCCAGCUGGACCAGGUGUAUACACAGCGCUAUGGCAACUGGCUCUGGCACUCUUCUUCAAGAUGCUGGUCACUGUGGUUACCUUCGGCAUGAAGGUCCCUUCCGGUCUCUUCAUCCCCAGUAUGGCUGUAGGGGCGAUAGUAGGCAGACUGCUGGGAGUUGCCAUGGAACAGAUGGCGUUGAACCAUCAUGACUGGCUCAUCGUCAAGGGCUGGUGCUCAUCAGGGGCGGACUGUAUCACACCAGGGCUCUACGCUAUGGUGGGGGCAGCUGCAUGUCUAGGUGGUGUCACCCGUAUGACCAUAUCGCUGGUGGUCAUCAUGUUUGAGCUGACGGGCGGUCUGGAGUACAUUGUUCCUCUGAUGGCUGCGAUCAUGACCUCUAAGUGGGUAGCGGACGCGUUGGGGCGUGAGGGGAUCUACGAAGCCCACAUCAGACUCAACGGUUAUCCCUUCCUGGAAACCAAAGAGGAGUAUGGGCACAAGACCCUGGCUCAGGAUGUGAUGCGCCCUAGGCAGUCGGACCCUCUCCUAGUCGUGCUCACUCAGGAGGGCAUGAGUGUAGGGGAGAUAGAAGGGGUGAUAGCAGACACUGACUACAGUGGCUUCCCCGUGGUGGUGUCACAGGAGUCUCAGAGACUAGUGGGCUUUGUACUGAGGAGGGACCUGGUCAUAUCUCUAGACAACGCCCGUAAGCGACAGGAUGGGGUGGUCAGUGCCUCGUUAGUGUUCUUCUUGGAACACGUGCCCCCCCAGCCCUUCUCCGGUCCCCCUGUCGUCAAACUACGAGGUAUCCUGGACCUUAGUCCCUUCACUGUGACAGACCACACCCCCAUGGCGAUAGCUGUGGACAUCUUCAGGAAGCUGGGACUCAGACAGUGUCUGGUUACACACAACGGGAGGUUGCUGGGAAUCAUCACUAAGAAAGACAUUCUGAAGCACAUGGCUCAGAUGUCCAACAGAGACCCAGACUCUAUCCUCUUCAACUGAGACCCAGACUCUGUCCUCUUCACCGGAGACCCAGACUCUGUCCUCUUCACCGGAGACCCAGACUCUGUCCUCUUCACCGGAGACCCAGACUCUGUCCUCUUCACCGGAGACACAGACUCUGUCCUCUUCACCGGAGACACAGACUCUGUCCUCUUCACCGGAGACACAGACUCUGUCCUCUUCACCGGAGACACAGACUCUGUCCUCUUCACCGGAGACACAGACUCUGUCCUCUUCACCGGAGACACAGACUCUGUCCUCUUCACCGGAGACACAGACUCUGUCCUCUUCACCGGAGACACAGACUCUGUCCUCUUCACCGGAGACACAGACUCUGUCCUCUUCACCGGAGACACAGACUCUGUCCUCUUCACCGGAGACACAGACUCUGUCCUCUUCACCGGAGACACAGACUCUGUCCUCGUCAACGGAGACACAGACUCUGUCCUCCCUCUCCACACCUCUGAGACUAGGAAGCGGACCUCUGGCAAAUGAAGACCUUCUUCUUCAACUGAGCUCGUCUCCUCCCUGUUUCCAUCCAUCCACUUCUUUAUGGGAGGAGGACACCAGCCUAUAGGAGGGAUGACACGGUCUUGUUUUCUCAAUAGGUCUCACCUAAAGAAGAGGGCUGGUGGAUACAGUAUUAUGGACACAUUUAUACAAAGAGGAUGGAGAAAUAGGAGAGAACACACUGAGAAGGGAAAUGAUUGGGAGGCAGGAAUCCUAGCGGAUAAGAGUGUUGGGCCAGUAACUGAAAGGUCGCUGGUUUGAAUUCCCGAACCGACUAGGUGAAGAGUCUGUCAACAUGCCCUUGAGCAAGGCACUUACCCUAAUAGCUCCUGUAAGUCACUCUGGAUAAGAGUGUCUGCUAAAUGACUAACAUGUAAUACACCUGCCUAACUAAUAGACAGAACUCUUUCCUGCACUGCAACCAGUACUAAAGCUGUACACAGAGAGAGAGAUAUGAGAUGGAAGGAUGAGGGUGAGAUGGAGGUAUGAAAAGUGAGAAUUUCAGAAAUGGCUAAUCAUGAUGUAAAAUACAAUGUUCCACUGAGCCUUUAGAGAAAAGGACUGUUGAGGAGAGGUGGUGGGGAAGUGCUGACCAAACUGUUACUGAUGCAGUAGUACACUAUGUAGGGAAUCAGGGUUCCAUUUCAGAUCCAUCUGGAUCGCUGUAGGAUCCAUCUGGAUCGCUGUAGGAUCCAUCUGGAUCGCUGUAGGAUCCAUCUGGAUCGCCGUAGGAUCCAUCUGGAUCGCCGUAGGAUCCCAUCUCAGGUAGUUAAAACUGAGUCACUGAGUCUGUCCUCCAUGUUGUCUUGUCUCUGCUUGUUAGAUACAGAUGUGUCUGCCCAUAAUCUCUGAGAAGUGUGUAUGUGAGUGUGUGUGUGUGUGUGUGCGCACGCGCAAUACGCACACACAGUGCAUAUUGCUGAGAUAAAGCUAGAACACAAAAGGGAAACAUCGAAGUGUAGAAUUCCUCCUAAAAUAGCCCCCAUUACCACAUGGGUGUGUUACCAUGACAACCCGGUUGUUCAUCACUUUGAUGUGCGACAGGCGUGGGAAGAGGUUAACGACACACACGGGCUAUUAGACUAGAAUGCUUUUAGCUACAGGAUAUUAGAGAGAGAGACGGAUCCAAAGACGCUUCACAUGGAGAUCAGGUUACAAGAGCUGCUCAGAGCCACACAUUCCUCAAACACCGACACAUCAGACGACACGUGUCUGUGUGUGUGUUGGGUUCAGUGGUAGAGUCGGAGCAGGCCCCCUUGAUUCACGUUGAGUCAUAUAGGGGUGGAUUGGCCUCUUUCAAGGUCUUUCUUUAGGCCCCUUCGUGUGUGUGUGUGUGUGUGUGUGUGUUGGCCUCUCAAGGUCUUUCUUUAGGCCCCUUCGUGUGUCCUAGGGAAUAUUUUACAGACAUGGGAAUUUGCCGAAAUGGUCUCUGACGUUUCUGAGAGUUGUACAUAAACUAUUUUGCCUUUCCAAGUUUGUGAAGUUGUUUGGUUUAAAUAGGACUUUGGGACUUUGAGUUUAAUCUCUUCUCUCUUUCUGAUUCUGAAAUAUUUUUUUUAGGGAUCGUGAAUCAAACUGUGUGUGUGUGUGUGUGUGUGUGUGUGUGUGUGUGAUGAGCUCAUGGGAAGCGUUGUGUUUAUAAUCAACAAUGGUGAUCCGAUUGUCAUAACCAUCUCCUUAUGUCUGUGUCCCAAAUUACACCCUAUUCUCUAUAUAGUUCACUACUUUUGACCAGGGCUUAUAGUGGAUAGGGCACCGUUUGGGACAUAUCCCAUUCAUAUGGCCCUGGAGGACCAAAUGACCAUCUUUUUAUUGCAGUGUUUUUUUCCCUGGUCUUCUCAUUUUUAUAGAAAUGUUGUCAUCCCAUCCGCCUAUCCACCCUCUCCAUUCUCUGUCCUUAGACAACCCCUCCCUCUUCUGUCCCCACCGUCUCUCUCUCACAUAUUCCAAAUAUGAUGUCACAAUGCUGCCUGCCUGUCGAGCCGCGUGAGGUUUAGUCUAGAAGGGAUACAGCUUUUGUCAAAAUGGACUUUUUCGCAGCAGGUUUACUAUAACUUACGCAGCAGGUCAGGAAAAUUAGGUUACGGUUAGGCAAAUUAGGUUACGGUUAGGAGAAUUAGGUUAAGGUUAGCUAAAAUGCUAAAGAAAAUCUACUUUUGAUGUCAAUUUGACAAAAGCUGUAUCCCGUCUAGACAUGACCGCCGCGUGACCUUUCUCUCUUGUCUUGUAACAGGAAGUGCAAUAAGGUGUGGUCUAGUUUGUGCCGGGCCCUGGCCAGUUUCUUUAUUUCUCCAUGCUGUAGGGACCACUUCCUAUGCUACUGCCAGCCUUUGUCUGCUAGUUGGGGUUUAAAAGCACUAUCGCUGAGACUACUUACAAUGAGCACCUCUGGCAGUUCCUAAGAAGCCUAUCAGAAAUUAAAUGAUUUGUCAUUCUGAACGUGGAAUGUUGUAUUGUUACCAUACCCUAUGAGGGAUUCCCAUAUUUGUCCCCCUCCCAGAAUUCUAGAAGAGUCUAAAUUCCCCCUGAAGUCUGGGCAGUGGGCUCGGAGCGCUCUGUGAGAGGCUGUGUGUGUCUGUGUUUUUCUCUGUCUGGCACCCAAUUGGUCUAUCCUGGCUGUUGUUGAUUAAUGUCUUACACCUCGCCACAGACAGGGGUUUUAGGGGGUGAGGAGGUGUGAAAGCUCAUUAGAAGCACAUUUCCUGACUGCCUCUUAGAGCAACACCGACCUCUGUAGACUGAUAACUAUGGAGGUAAUGCCAACACUGUUGAUAUGACAAUGACGGGGGGGGGGGUGUGACAGGAUGGGAGGUUGUGAAAAGAGGGGGAUUUAAAGGAGGGAAUAGUCUUUGUUCACACUCCUGAGAAAUAUACUGAACAAAGGAGAGAGGGAAAGUUGAGUCAAACAAGGCCCUGUAGCCUUCACUGUCACCCCAUCAUACCACACUUCAGGACAUAGACACGCAAUUACGCUGUUCAAUGUCUUACAUGUAAUUGAUAUGCCUUGAUUUCAACUUUGUGGCUCAUGUAAAUUGUCACUUGGAAAUCAGAAUUCCUUAACGCUCAGUUGAAGUUGGCUGUUCUACGGAACAAUACCAAGAAUUUACCAAAACACUUGGCAGUAAGUGUAGGAACUUUUUUUUGUCUAUAUUCUAGAACUGUCUAAAUACUCCGGGGAUUCUAUUUGACCCCACCCUAGAUGACUUCACGGUGAAACCAUGCACAAUAUACUAGAAGACCAUCUGGCUUAAGGACAAUCAAUCCUUUUUUCUAAAGGGCGAGUCCAUUCUGUGUGACCUAUUUCUAUGUCUGUUGCUCUGUGUGUAAUAUAGAUGUCCAUUCGGUGUGUGUGUGUGCUCCCUCUAGAUGUGUGUAAUAUAGAUGGUGGUGUUUGUUAUUGACUCUUUUAGAUAGGGUUGGUAUGAAAGGAGAGGUACACACACUCUGGCUCUCUCUCUUUUUCCUAUUCUUGCGGGGACCAAAUAAUUGACUCUCAUUCAAAAUCCUAUUUUCCAUAACCCCUGAGCCUAAAAUAGUAUUUUUCCUUGUAUGGACUUCUGGGCCCCCCAAGGAUAAUAACACCAAAGCACACCACUCUUUAUUUACCCUUCAGAGAGGUUGAUAUGAGAGGUCAGGGGGUUAGAUCCAACAAUUACAUUAAGGAAAACCCUUGAUGUACAAGACUGUGGACCAAAGAGAGCCCACCCUGGGUCUCGUCCAUCCCAUCAAUCUCUAGGGUCGGGCCCAAAUCCCCAAGACACAUUUUCCCCAGAAACUCAAAGGUUUCUACAGAAUUUCCUUUCAGAAUGAAGACAAAUAUGCAUGGACAUUUAUCAAAGCACUCUGCUAAGAGCUUACAUUACCCACAUGUUAUAUGAGCAUUGAUGACAUGUAUGUUUUAGCACUCUGCUAAGAGCUUACAUUACGUACAUGUUAUAUGAGCGAUGAUGACAUGUAUGUUUUAGCACUCUGCUAAGAGCUUACAUUAUGUACAUGUUAUAUGAGCGAUGAUGACAUGUAUGUUUUAGCACUCUGCUAAGAGCUUACAUUACCCACAUGUUAUAUGAGCGAUGAUGACAUGUAUGUUUUAGCACUCUGCUAAGAGCUUACAUUACCCACAUGUUAUAUGAGCGAUGAUGACGUGUAUGUUUUAGCACUCUGCUAAGAGCUUACAUUAUGUACAUGUUAUAUGAGCGAUGAUGACAUGUAUGUUUUAGCACUCUGCUAAGAGCUUACAUUACCCACAUGUUAUAUGAGCGAUGAUGACAUGUAUGUUUUAGCACUCUGCUAAGAGCUUACAUUACCCACAUGUUAUAUGAGCGAUGAUGACAUGUAUGUUUUAGCACUCUGCUAAGAGCUUACAUUAUGUACAUGUUAUAUGAGCGAUGAUGACAUGUAUGUUUUAGCACUCUGCUAAGAGCUUACAUUACCCACAUGUUAUAUGAGCGAUGAUGACAUGUAUGUUUUAGCACUCUGCUAAGAGCUUACAUUACCCACAUGUUAUAUGAGCAUUGAUGACAUGUAUGUUUUAGCACUCUGCUAAGAGCUUACAUUAUGUACAUGUUAUAUGAGCGAUGAUGACAUGUAUGUUUUAGCACUCUGCUAAGAGCUUACAUUAUGUACAUGUUAUAUGAGCGAUGAUGACAUGUAUGUUUUAGCACUCUGCUAAGAGCUUACAUUACCCACAUGUUAUAUGAGCGAUGAUGACAUGUAUGUUUUAGCACUCUGCUAAGAGCUUACAU